CUCUCUCAUCAACAUCGAUCAGCUGGCUGUCAGCUUAACGAAUUUUACGACAGGUGGCUUGUCAAAAAUUGAAAAAAGCUUUGUGUAUUAUCAUUAUCCAUUUUUCCGAAAUUGUUAAAAUAAUUCCCAUAAAAUCACGUUUGAAUCGCACAUUAGUAUCAUCGCGGUCUGUGUUCAUGCAACGGUGUCGCCCAGUCAUAAUUUUUGAUGAAUAAAGGUAUAUUGAACAGCUGAUUGGAGUAUCUGGUUGUGCCAGUUUUAUUUAUGUUUAUUUCUGUCUCAAAAUGGCAGAUAUAAAAUCCUUAGAACAUCCUACCUUAAAAGUACCCUAUGAGAUCCUGAAUAAGAAAUUUAGGACUGCUCAAAAAACGUUGGAUAGAGAAGUGUCUCAUAUCCAGCAAGCUGCCAUUGAGUUGGAGAAAUCAUUGGAUGGAAGGGAAGUUAAAGCUAGAGAUAUAACAACACUGUUGGGAGGAAUGGUUGAAAAACUGCAGGUUUUGAAAAGAAAAGCUGAAGAAAGCAUUUCCGAGGAGCUAGCAGCUUCAAAUGUGUGUAAACGUCGAUUGGAGCAUCUAAAAGAUCACAACACACUUGCAACCAAUGGUCAAGUUUCACAAGGAGCUCUCAACCAAUGGCGACGCACUAGACUGGACCGAAUGGUUGUCGAGUAUUUUCUCAGGAAUGGAUACUAUAAUGCUGCCAUUACCUUAGCAGAGAGAUCUGGCAUCAAGGAUUUGACUAACAUUGAUAUUUUCCUGACCUCGCGCGAAGUGGAAAAAUCCCUGGCGAACAAAGAGACAGCAAAGUGCCUGAUGUGGUGUCAUGAUAACAAGUCGAAACUGCGCAAGCUGAAGUCAAACAUGGAAUUCAACAUUCGAAUCCAGGAAUUCGUGGAAUUGAUUAGGUCCGACAGGCGGAUCGAUGCUAUCAAACACGCCAGGAAACAUUUCCCCAGCUUUGAAGAGGAGCAUUUGGCUACUAUCCAGCAGGUUAUGGCGCUUCUUGCAUACCCAGUUACCACAGUGAUCGCCCGAUAUAAAGCAUUAUUCGACGAAUCGCGAUGGGACACGCUGAUUGAACAGUUCAGGCAAGAGAACUACAAAUUGUUUCAGCUAGCAUCGCAGUCUGUCUUUACAGUGACACUGCAAGCCGGCCUUUCAGCACUUAAGACUCCUCAGUGUUAUUCAGACAAUCACGAGAACCGCAACCCUUUGUGUCCUGUGUGUCGGCCUCAUUUGAACGAACUGGCGGACUCGCUUCCCUUUGCUCACUGUUCACAAUCCAGAUUGUACUGCUUCAUCAGCGGCCUGCCCAUGAACGAGAACAAUCAACCUAUGAUGUUGCCUAAUGGAUACAUUUACGGAGAACAGGCGUUGACUCAGAUGGCCAGGGAAAACAACGGGCAAGUGAUUUGUCCGAAAACCAAGGAAGUGUUCCCGUUCAAGAAGGUCGAGAAGGUGUUCGUCAUGUAAUCAGCUACCAAGCGCAUAUGUGAUAUUUAUACAUAUUAUGUUACAAUAACGAUAACUACCUAAAUACCGAGAAGUAACGCCUACAGUGCUCCCUCAGAAAAAAACUUAUUUUUAUGUUGCUGUGAAUUAGGUCAUCAGUAUAGCUGUAUGACACUUUGUCAUUGUCAUGUGUAAGAUACUGGGUAUUACUAAAACUGAAAAGAAAAAUGUAGGAUCAAGGUUCUGCAUUUUUUAUUCAAAUAGCGAUAGACAGCUCAAGCAUUCGCAGAAAAAAUAUUAAUUUUGGAAACGUUUAUUUCGAAACGAUAUGCGUGUUGUGUUCAUCAGAUAAAAGUUUGUCGCAUGAGUUUCCCGUUUAAUUUAUAAAUGUCUAAUACAAUCAGCAAUGCUUUGUGCUCAAUAUAUCUCUAGAUUUUUUAUUUAAAAUAUGUAGGGUUUAAGUUUGUACGUUGAAUAAUGUAUAUGGCGUAUUUGUGAAAUUUAAAUUAGAUAAAUUAGAAAUUUGCACUGUACUAUUUUCUAAUGGUGUGUGUUGAUUCUCAUAGCUCCACGGAUAUACCUUCAUUUUUUAUUUUGACUGGAAUAAAAGGGAUAAGCUUAUUAAACUACCUUACCUCAUAGAGUAGGAACUGUAUGUGAUUUUAGUUGGGUGUCAUAUUAUUGUAUUCUGGAUAUUUACGCAGUACGAAGUAGUAUAUAAUGUGUUUACAAAAAAAAAAAACUCAAAGCGUCAUCUACCAUAAAUAGUUAUUGAUAUUAUUGCAGCGAAAUUCUACCGGAAAUGGCGUCAAUUAGAGAACAAAGUUGAAACUUGAUGAAAUAAAAAAAAUGCUAAUGAAACGAGAUGGUUUCUGAAAUAUGUCGCUAGACAUGAUUUGACAUUGAACCUAAAACUCAAGCUUAUUUCAAGGUCAGCUCAUUUUUUUAAAUAGGCAGUAGCUUUUUUGAUUGAAAUUGGAAUAACGGAAAAUAACGCCCUACGAAUAUGUAUUGAAGAUCAAGUUCACCUCUAAAGAUCAAAUGAAGGACAAAUAUGUGGGUAUAAGGAAAAUGCCUGGAUGAAAUUAAAUUCUUCAAGGAUUUCACUGGUAUUCAACCAUGACCCUCACUUUCAAAGUCACCUUUUUUUCAACUAGAAAAGCUUAUGGAAAAUGUAACGUUCGAAUACGCUCUCAUGUACUAUUAUGUGCUUGUAGGUGACGACCAAGGUCAAAUUGAAGGCCGGUAUCGAAAUCCUCAUUGAAAGAUACUAAUGGUCUGACCCUCAUUUUUUCAUCAAUCUGUGCGGUUCCAAUAGUUACUUUGCACUCAACCUUGAACAUCACCAUCAAAGUUAUUUCAAGGUCAACGGUUCUUCUAACUAUCAACCUUCAUGGAAAAUUUCACUUCCUAAUACCAUCUUGUGUAUCAUUAUGAGCUCGAAGGUGAGGCAUAAGGUCAUAUUCAAGGUCAGUAUCAAAAUCCCUGUCAAAAAUUACUAAUGGCCUGACCUUUAUUUUUUUCGUCAAUAAUCCUGUCUGAUCUGUAUUCUACGUUGAAACUCUCCACACUUAUUUCAUGUGCUUAUGAGCUUGAAGGUGAGGGACGUCAAAUUCAAGGUCAGUAUCGAAACCCUUGUUAAAAGAUACUAAUUGCCUGCCCUUCAUUUUUCAUCAAUCAUGCUGCUUUCAAUGGUGACCUUGCAGUUAACCUUGAACCUCUCCAAACUCAUUUUAAUGUCACUUUUUUAAACUAGGAAUCCUCUUGGAACCCUUUUCUCAUGUACUGUUAUGGGCUUGAAGGUGAUGGACUAGGUCAAAUUCAAGGUCAGUAUCAAAAUCUCAACCGAAAGUCACUGAUGGCCUGACCUUGAUUUUUUCAUCCAUCCUGCUUUCAAUGGUUACCUUGCAUUUCACCUUUAACCUCUACAAACUUAUUUCAAGGUAAUUUUUUUUUUGAAGGUGAGGGAGAAAGUCAAAUUCAAGGUCAGUUUCGAAAUCCUUGUUGAAAGAUACUGAUGGUCGGACCUUGAUUUUUAUCAUCAAUCCUUCUAUCAAUGGUGAUCUUGCAUUCAACCUUGAACCUCUCCAAACUUAUUUCAAGGUCACUUUUUCAAACUAGGAAUCCUCAUUGAAUUUUACGUUCUCAUGUAUUAUUAUGAGAUUGAAGUUGUGGGUCAAGAUCAGUAUCUAAACCCUUAUUAAAAGAUACUGAUAGUCUGGCCUUUAUUAAUUUCAUUAAUAACCCUGCUUUCAAUGGUUACCUUGCAUUCAACCUUGAACCUUUCCAAACUUAUUUCAAGGUCAGUUUUUUAAACUAGGAGUCCUCAUGCAAUUUUACGUUCUCAUAUACUAUUAUGAGCUUGAAGGUGAGGGACAAAGUCAUAUUCAAGGUCAGUAUCUAAAUCCUUUAUGAAAGAUACUGACAGUCUCACCUUGAUUUUUUUCAUCAAUAAUCCUGCUUUCAAUGGUGAACUUGCAUUCAGCCUUGAGCCUGUCCAAAUUUAUUUCGAGGUCACUUUUCAUUUUUCACGUUCUCAUCUACCAUUAUGAACUUGAAGGUGAUGGAGAAUGUCAAAUUCAAGAUUAGUUUCGAAAUCCUUGUUGAACGAUACUGAUGGUCUGACCUCAAUUUUUUUCAUUAAUCCUGUUUUAAAUUAUGCAUUCAACCUUGAAUCUCUCCAAAAUCACUCCAAAUCACUAAUAGUCUGAGCUUGAAUUUAUUCUUCAGUGGUGACCUUGCAUUCAACCUUGAACCUCAGAAUCAAAGUCAACUUUUCAUGUACUGUUAUGAGCUUGAAGGAGAAGGCCAAGGUUAAAUUCAAGGUCAGUUUAGAAAUCCUUGUUAAAAGUUAGUCAUGGUCUGACCUUGAUUUUCACCAUUAAUAAUCCUGCUAGACUUCUUGGAUUUUACCUAAGCAUCACACAUUUGACCUUUAUAGUUGACUUUGAUCUCGAUUUUAAUACACAUUCGGACGUAGAGAUUUCGAACAUUUUGAGUGCAGGUAUCGAAAAGCGGACUGUGCAUUUAAAAAACGAAAGUUCACCCUGAAAUAACCUUGAAAGUGAGACCAAGGUCACCGAAAACUGACUUUGAUCUUUUCCAAAAAUAUUUGAAAAAAAUACAGAACCGUUAUUUUGUUACACAAGGUGUGUCAUGAAAGUAUUAUUAAUUAAUAAAUUGUCGUGACAUUGUUAUUGUACCCUCGUAUUAAGUGAAAUCUUUGAUGAAAAGUAGUACUUAGUGGAAAAGUAAAACUUUCUAGAAUUAUCCUAAAUGGGGAGGGAUUACUUUAGGUUAUAUAUAAUGCAUCUUCGAUGAUACUUUUUUAUUGUAUAUAUAAAUCCUCAAUACUUUUCCGAGCUUACGAGAUAUGAUGAUUUUAUAUGCAUAGGUUAUAUUUUUGCGUUUCAGAUUUUAAUGUGCUAUAAUAGGUUAAUAAAUCUAAAUCGAAGCAGAAAUGAGAAAGAGUUUUCUUCCCACCUGCUGGGUUCCAAGGAGAAAUUGGUCUCCCUUGCUACACUGCAACCAUCAAGUAUUAAAAUAUUGAUAUUCCCAAAACAGUUAACGUUUUCAUAUCAUUUAUUAUAUAAACAUAUCACUUUAUAAUACUUUGAUAAGGAAGCUUCAACUGUCACAACUUAUACUAUUUCUAAGAUUACAC